UAAAAUCCCAUCAGUUGAAAGCGGAAAGAAAAGUUCCGCACUUCCACUGUCGGAACUUAAUUCCUGUGACACCCAGUGGAAUUAGCUGCAUACAUUUAGUGAGCAAGCGGGAAAACGAUAUUGUUGUUGUAGUGUAGAUAACUAUUUCAGGCGUAAUUAAGCAACAAUGUCUUCUAUUAAAUAUCUCAGAGAGUUUGUCAACGAGCGACUGGCUGCUGCUGCUGACGAUAUAAUCGGAGUUUUUGAGAAAACUAUCGUCUUUUACGAAGAAGAGAUCGACCGUCAGCGCAGACUGUUGGAUAUUGUUUGGAAACCUGAAAUAAAGUUACACAGGAUGGAGUCCCCACAGCAGCCUGUCUUUGAGGAGAGGGAGGCUCUCUCUGACCCCCAGCAGCUCUGUAUUGAGGAGAGUCUAGACCAAGAGGAACCAGAUGCCAUUGAGAUUAAAGAGGAAAAGGAGGAAGAAGAGGAACUUUGCACUGAGAUAGAGCAGCUUGUUGUGAAGCAGGAGACUGAUGCCUUUCUGUUGACUCCUACUCAUGAGGAAAGUGACCUCAGUGAAAAUCAGACUCCGAACAUGAUCAUGGUGAAAGAAAGCUACAUGUCAGUUGAAAACUCUGUAGCAUCUGUACCACACAGUGACCACCAGUAUAUCUGUCUCAGCUCUGGUGAACCUCAGACAGGAUCCACUAGAGAUGCAGAGCAACACGCAAGGACGAGACGUCACAGAAGCAGAAAUCGCAGAUACGACAUAAACGAUUACAACCUGUCGAUUCAACCUGAGAUUCGUCGUAACACUCGGUCAGGUCAAAAGUUUCUAUGUGACACAUGUGGAAGAGAUUUUAAGUAUAAUUCACAUUACCAGAGACACAUGAGAACCCACACAGGUGAGAGGCCGUAUUCUUGUAGAUUAUGUGAGAAAGUUUUCACACGUAGGGAUAUCUUGACUGUCCACAUGAGAACCCACACAGAUAAGAUUUAUUCAUGCAAAGCAGAUGGCAGCGUUUUCACAAAAAUGGUAAAUUGGCAGACCACAUGAGAGCCCACACAGGUGAGAAGCCGCAUGUAAAACAUGGGAAAUUUUCAAACAGCAGUCAAUUACCAUUCCCCGUGAGAACCUACCCAGCUGAGGGCUGUAUCUUUACAAGACGUGGGAAAAGAUUCAGUCUACACUUCUACGAUGUCAUUUAGCAGAUGCUCUUUUCCAAAGCGAUGUACAUUUGAGAGUUCUUACUCAACUCAAGCAAAGAUGUGGUCAGUAGACAACGCAUGAAUAAGUGCCAGGGGCCAAGUUUGAGUCCGCCAGGAUAAUGGUGCUAUCAGGCCGUGCAUAAGGACCGUGCAAAUGGUGUUUGUUUUUUCCUCUCUCCAUGGAUCAACAUUAACCAUCAGUCAUAAGAGAAUCCUUUCAGACGAGAAACUGGAUACUUGUAAAGCAUGUGGGAUCAAUGUACACAGGAGAAACCAUCAAGCUGAAAGUCCUGUGGCGACUUGUUCAUUAACUGAACAAAAUACUCUUUUUGUUAUAGCUACAUCUCUGUAACUGAAUGUAAAAUGUUUUCAAUAAAAAAAUGUCUAUCUCACUGUAAA